UUCUUUGAUUAUCUGACCAGUGCAGUUAAACAGCAUAUUGAAAAAGUUAAAAUGGUUAAGAAAUUUACCUGUUGAAUCAAACCCUAAAAAAUUAAUAAAAACAAAAAGAGAGUACUACUAGUGCACUAGCUACUAUAGCAAGAACAAAAAUAAAUAAACACCUCUCCUUUAUCUUUCCAUUGAACUCCUCCCUCCUCCUCUCUUUUCUCUCUCUCUAGAUCUCUCUAUCUCUCUCUCUCUCUCUCUCUGCAACUCUCUUAAUUGUUUUGAUUCUCUCUCUCUCUCUCCACAAUAUAUAACCCCAUCAAACUUUACAAAAGAUAGAAUUAAAGAUCAAGCACCAUGGUUUUCUCAUCCGUUCCCAUCUAUCUAGAUCCUCCCAACUGGCAACAACAGCAACAAAAUCAUGAACAAGGAGGUGGAAGUGAUAAUUCUCCUCAGUUACCACAAUCUAUGCCGCCUCCUCCUCCGGUUGGAGGUGGUGGCACCACCGGCUCGAUCAGGCCUUCGUCGAUGGCUGAUCGAGCCAGGCUAGCCAAGCUGCCACAGCCUGAGGUGGCGCUGAAAUGCCCGAGAUGUGAAUCAACAAACACAAAGUUUUGCUACUUCAAUAACUACAGCCUUUCGCAGCCUCGCCACUUCUGCAAGACCUGCCGGAGGUAUUGGACUAGAGGGGGUGCACUGAGAAAUGUGCCGGUGGGAGGAGGUUGCCGGAGGAAUAAGCGAAGCAAAGGAAGAAGAUCCAAAUCUCCCGUCACCACCGCGGAGGGCCGCCAAGCUGCCACUUCUAGCUCCUCCAAUGCAGUUUCCUCCAGUACCUGCACCACUGAUCAUGUAAUAGGUCAUCUCCCCCCUCCACCACCACAAUUACCUUUCUUGCCCUCUUUGCAUCAUCUUAGUAAUUUUGGUGCCGGGGACAUGGGGUUGAAUUUCGGGGGAAUUCAGCCAACGGUGGCGGCAGGAAUAGGUGGCGGAGCUGAGAUGGGAUUCCAAAUUGGUGGUGGUUCGAGUGGUGGACAGUGGAGAUCACUGCAGCAAUUCCCUUUCUUGGGUGGUUUGGAGCCACCGUCUGGUGGGAUAUACCAAUUUGAUCAGAGUAGUGAAGGUGUUGAGCUACAGGGUUAUGCAGGUGGGCCCAGUACUGGUCAUCAGCUUGGGUCUAAGCCUUUGGAUUCUGGGAUUAGUCAUCUGGCUGAGGUGAAGAUGGAAGCAAAUCAUCAAGGGAUGAAUUUGUCAAGAAAUUUUUUGGGUAUUCAAGGAAAUGAUCAGUAUUGGGGUGGCAAUGCAUGGACUGAUCUCUCUGGUUUCACUUCUUCCACAAGCCAUCUCUUGUGAUUCUAUAUAAAUAGUCUCUCUUGUUCUUCAAAACCCUACUCAAACUUUCCUUUCGGUUCUUCAAUCAACUUAAGGAUCAAAGUUUCAAUCAAUGCCCUUCUUAACUUGCAAGCACCAACCACAAGAAUAUUAUGAGAAAAUUCAUAUGCAGCUAGCAUCGAUUGCUCGAUGAAUUCGUCUCCUGAAGAUCUGCUGAGAAACCUAGGAAGUGGGUAGAGUAUUUCCAUUUUAAUUUUUGAAUUUGGUUUGUUUAUGAGUUUAGUAUUUGGUUGUGUUUAAAGAAGUAGGUGGUUUGUUCAUGGAGUUCAUUAUCUGACUUGAAGGGUAAAUUGUUAUAACUGGUCCAAAGCAGUUCUAUAUGAUGUGAUAUAUUCUAUGAAAAUGUGUCUUGGAUCAAUAUUUACCGGGAAAAAAAAUGUGUCUUCAAUAUCAUUUUUAUUCAUACAAUAUUACCGGCCAUUACCUUCGAAAAGAGUACUUCAAUAUCGCGGAAUCAGAAGCAAACUUGUUG